AUGAUCAUGGUUGUAGUUGAUAGGUUUUCUAAAAGAGCCCAUUUCAUCGUCACUCAAAUAUCCUUAGGAUCUGUCGGUACGUUAGACUUAUUUUAUCGGUUUAUUUUUGCUUAUCAUGGUUUUCCAAGAACGAUUGUUUCAGAUAGAGAUAUUAGGUUCACCAGCUCGUUUUACAAAGAAGUGACAGAAAGACUAGGCAUCAAAUUAUUACUAUCUUCCUCUAAUCAUCCACAAACAGAUGGUCAGACGGAAAGCGUUAACAAAACCUUAGGUCGGUUACUAAGAAGUUACUGUUCACAAGAUCAAGAUAAUUGGGACCAUUUUCUUCCUCAGGUUGAAUUCGUUUACAAUUCCACGUUCCAACGUUCUAUUCCAGCUUCACCAUUUGAAGUAGAUUUAGGUUACGUACCCAACGAACCAUUACUAGACAUUGGUAAUGAACUGUCGGCGCGAAAUCUAUCCGCUGUUGACUUAUCAAAAACCAUUAAGGCGAUUUCCCUAAGAACUACAGAUUUCCUCAAGCGAUCACAAGAGGAUAUGGAAUCACAUGCGAGUGAAGCUCGAACGGUCAAUGAUUACAAACUCGGUGAAUAUGUGUUACUCCACCGUGAUGCAUAUUUUACUGGAGGAAAGUACUUAAAGAUCCAACCCAUAUUUUUAGGACCAUUUAAUAUUGUAAAAAUAGGAAAAAACACCGUUGAACUUGAUCUGCCAUCCUCCUUUAAGAAACAUAGGGUUAUCAAUAUAAAAUGGAUAAAAAAGUUUGUAUUAGACAAAGAUAGGUACCCAAAAAGUCUACCAAGAACCUCGAUUGAACGAAUACAGCGUGUUCAGGAAAUAAUUGCAGUUAUAGGCUACGAUGUGGAAAGCCACGAAUACUACUGCAAGAUGAAAGAUGUUGAUCCCACUCUAACCUGUACAUACUCGUUAGAAGAAUUUAAUAAGUUAACAAGCUCAAAGAAAUCAUCGUUGUUAAACAAUUUCAAUACGCUUGUGAAUACAAAUUAA